AAGUGCUUCAUUUAUUUUGGCAGUUACCUACCUGUAUGUUGUAAGAUGUGCUAAAAGUUUUGGGAAAAAUAGGAUACAAAUUAGAAUUUUAUUCCAAAUGCCAAUUUGAACCACUUCUGUAGAUAUGUGUGUAUAUAUACACACACAUAAGUACAUAUUACGUUUUUGUAUUAGCAUUCUUCCAUAUUGACACAACCUCUAUGAUAUUUACCAGGAGCCCAGUUUAUAGAUGAUCACAGGGCAGAUCUUAUUCAGAGGGUCAGUCCGGUAGAGCCCAUUGCAGAUGUCAUGCUCUCACAGGGACUGAUCCAUCCAGAGGUUAAUUCUAACAUCCUGGCUGCCAGAACCAGCCAGGACAAAAUGAGGGCGCUAUACGAAGCCAUGUCCACUCAACCCCAGAAGGAGGCACUCUACAACAUCCUGGUGAAGGACUAUUCUUGGGUCACUCAGGAAAUCCAUAGAAUGAGGAUAUUGCCGCUGGGAAAAACUUGUGCUGGGAGGAGUGCAUCAGGAAACACAAUCCUUGUGGAAGGACCGAGACAGGAGCGAAUGGCAAUCAGCAUGGGCCAUACAGAGGAGAUGAACAAUACCGGAGCGCUGCAGCUGAAACAGAAUGUUGUCGAGCGAGUACCAGAGAGACCAUCAAGGAAGUCAGCAACAUUCCACGUUAGAGUGAAUGGACUGAGAGGGGAGAUAAUGGAAAUCGACGUGGGCCAUUCAGAGGAGGAGAUGAACAAUACCACAGUGCUGCAGCUGAAACAGAAAAUUUCCCAGAGACUACCAGGCUGGGACAUAGAUACCCUGACGAUGAAAUACACAUACAAGACUCUGGAAGACUCACGCUUGCUCUCCUGUUAUGGAAUCCAGGACAAGUCUCUCAUUCAUCUAGUGCUUGAUAAAUAUAGAAAAUAGAGUGUCUUCACCAGUCACAUCAUCCCACUACACUACACUCAAAGAAAUGCUGGGUUGUUUAGUUGAUCCUGGGUUGCAGGCGUUGGGUUGGGUUGUUUUCUUUAAAAACUGCUGGGUUAUUGAUGCUGGGUGCUGGAUUAUUGAUGCUGGGUGCUGGGUUAUUGAUGCUGGGUGCUGGAUUAUUGAUGCUGGGUGCUGGAUUAUUGAUGCUGGGUGCUGGAUUAUUGAUGCUGGGUGUAUUGGUGUAUGAGUUCCCUUAAACCAUUGUUGGGAUACAAUAAGGUGGUAUACCUUAUUAUAAUAUGUAAUAAUUCAUCCAAUGUGUAAAAUGCAAAUAAAAUAAAGGACAAUUUGAAUUUG